CUCAAACCCAGACGCCUGACUACCAUGGCGAUCGACAUCAGCAAAAGUGCCAUCCCUCUAUUCCAAUCCCCUGACCGACUAGAGCUCCUCGAUGACAUCGACAAAUUUCGCCGCGUUGGCCUCAACAACGUGCCAAAGAUUGUCGUAUGUGGUGACACAAGUAGCGGCAAAUCUUCCGUCCUGGAAGCACUCUCGGGCAUUCCAUUCCCGGUUGACAGCACCAUGUGCACAAGAUGUGCCACGGAGAUUGCCCUACGACAUCGUUCCUCGAGUCAGACAGUAUCAGGGUGGGCAUUUAUCAAACCUAGAUCUGGAUCUUCCGACGAACAUCGAGCCCGUAUUAUGUCAUUCGAAAAGCAGAUCACAGCGAGCCUCGAUGAGAUCCCGGACGUCUUGCGAGAAGCCCAGGAAGCGAUGGGACUUGGCGAGGCCGGAGGAAUCGGUCGGGAUAUAUUACAUUUGAGUCUGCAAGGUCCACAGCUGCCAAAUCUCACUCUCGUGGACUUGCCCGGCCUCAUCCAUUCUGCCCCGAGCUCAGACGACAUCGUCAACGUUCAAGGCCUUGUUGAGGGGUAUCUCAGGCAGAAGGAGAGUUUGAUCAUGGCGAUCGUCUCUGCCGAGAACCCCAUUGAAAAACAAGGGAUUCUGACACUAUGCCGCAAGUUCGAUCCCGCUGGCGAGCGGACCAUAGGGGUUAUCACCAAGCCAGAUAUCCUGCAACGCCCGGAUAAAGCCAGACUAACUCCCACGAUCCUAGAGCUUGCAGGGAACCAACACGCCACGUUCAAAUUCAAACGCGAUUGGCAAAUCGUGAGGUGUCUUACUGACGGCGAACGGCAGACAGGGGCCAACCGAGAUCGAAUCGAGACCGAAUUGUUCUUUCAGGACCCAUGGUACGGCUUCAACAGAAAGAGGCUGGGGACGAAAUCGUUGAGAGACGUCCUGUGUGAAUACCUGGAAGAGCACAUCCUGCAUGAAUUACCCGAGCUCAUCAAGUCCUUGGAGGGCAAAAUUACGUCGGUGAAGCUGUCCCUCCAGGAGCUCGGGCCUCAUCGAGCAACGAAAGACGAGCAGAGGCAAUAUCUCAUCCGGAUAAGCAGACGCUACGCGCAGAUCGUCCGAGACGCCCUGAAUGGCGACUAUUCCGACUCCUUUUUUGCCGGCCCUGACGACGGCAAAAGGCUGCGCGCAACCACCAUGGCUCUUACCGACGACUUUGAACAUGCGAUGCGCACCCGGGGCCACGCAUUUGAAGUCGUGGACGAUGCGUCGACCCGUUCAACUGCGCCCGACGAGCCUCAGCGCAUCACCAUGGCCGAGGCUCUGGAUAAGGUUGAGAGGCUCAUGGAAGGCUGUCGGGGUCCGGAAUUGCCCAUCCUCUUCAACCCACGCUCGGUGGCGGAAGUGUUCAAGGAGCAGUCCCAGAAAUGGCCUCAACUCUCGACCGAGUAUACUGAAGCCGUAUGCCAUGCGGUCGAUAUCUUCUUGCGCAAGGCUGUCGACUCAAUCUGCCCGGUCGCGGCACCGGUAGGGAAGUUGAUCCGUCGCGAGGUCCUUCAUGACGCGAUUCACGAGCAUAGGGAAAGGCUGAACAACAAGGUUCUGGAACUGUUCGCACCACAUACCGGCUCCUUCCUAUACUCGACGAAGAGUCGGCUGCGGGUGAGCUUGAUAACGGUCCGAAACGAAGAUGAUAUGUCGGAGGACGACAGCGACGCCGCGAGCGAUGACAGAAUUUUCAGCCUGGGUGAAGAUCGACGAUUGAGAGCACUUCAACUGUCAAGGGCAUAUUACAAUGUCGCCCUUGAGACGUUCAUUGUAAACGUGGUCGUGCUCGGGGUUGAAUCCUGCCUGCUGUCGAAGCUCGAGGAAAUGUUCUCCCCGGAGACCGUGGCGCAGAUGUCAGAAGAUCAGUUGCAGCUGCUGGCGGGCGAGAACCCGGAAAUGAUCGCGGAACGAGCCGAGCUGGUGGCACGAUUGGAGACGCUCGAGAUGGCGUUGCGGAACUGUCGCAGAUAUGCAAGCCGAGGGUUUGGGCUCGACCUGGACAGAGCACGAGGAACAACCCCCGGACCUGUCUCGGAGUCGCUACGGAGUGGUUCAAGAAAUGAUGGCCAGUCCGUGUCCCUGCCUCCAAAGUCUUCUAACGUCAACAAAACCACGGUCCUCGAAAGUGUAGCGCCAGCAGCAUCUCCUGGGACAAGGCACCCGCAAACGACAUCAAUCGACCUCGCCGCCACUCCCAAACCUCUGCCAUUGUCGAGUGGAAAAGUCGGAUUCGGCAGCAAGACGUCGGGCAUAUCAGAUGCUGAAGACAAGAGCUCGCUCUGCUGGAACAGCCCGGUGCCUCACUCGAAGGAUUCUCACCCACCUGCGCCGAAAGUGCCAUCCAACGCCGCCGCAACCGACACAUCGAAUUCGUCAAAGCCCCUCUUCGGAGGUCUCAGCGGCCCACCGGCGGCGCAGUCAAUCAAGCCGAAUUUAUUCGGUAACCCCAGCGUUGGGUCAAAUGUAGCCCCUUCAAGUAGUAUUUUUGGGUCUUCGGGGACUUUGGGAUCCGACGCAGCGAAACCUGCAAGUGCACCAUUCUUUUCGGGCGCCGGGACAGAUGGAGGUCUGUUUGGUGCUCCUGCAAAGCAUGAAAUUGUUGGAUUCGGCAACGGUGGCUUUGCAGCGAAGCCGGCGAGCACUGGAACGAGCACUUUCAGCUUUGGCUCCCGCGAGUAACAUUCUACCCUCAGACAGUACGGCUUCCACCACUCGACUGUGAUGUUGGUCUCAUGUAUGACCGGUUAUACCAGCUUAAAGAUGACCUUCGACAUAGCGUAGACUACGGUUUUCAUCAAAGUCCUGUCGUACUAGAAAUUCACAGGUGUCUCGCUAUAUACCAGUUAGGGUUUGCAUGCUUUUCGUUCGAGGAGAUCCGUCUUCAGGACUACGAAAAGAUAUUCAGUGAUGACACUCGGAAAUGUAUAGGCAGAAGCUUCUCUCCCGCGAAGGUAAUACUGUAUACGGCCUAUCUUGAAGCACUAAGAAAGGCACUCGUGUUAUAGCAGACAAUGAAAUGGCCAUAUUCGACAUCUGGGA